AUGGCUGUACUGCCUCCCAGCGGACCCUCCGGCACGAAGGAUACCGCAGCUCAUACCCGGUCCGGGGCCACCGAGCGCGGGCGCGGAGACCCGGACAGCGGGCAAGGCUCCAGCGCCAGUGCUGCCCAGGACACUGCAGCCGCCCCCCGGGGCUCCGGGCGAGCGGGGAGCGAGAGCAGCGAGCCGUGGUACGACGUUCCUACCCGGCACGGGGAGGAGCUGACCCUUCUUCCUUCGCCGAUGGAGACGGGAGACGAGGCGUCACUGGGGAGCUCCGUCCGAGCUGAUUCCCAGGAGGCUGACCGGAAGGCCCGGAGUGUCUCCAAGCCACGGGACAUCCCAGGGCUCAGCUCGCGACUGAACCCGUGCGACUCCCAGACCGAUUGGCUCCUUCCGGGAAGCGAUCCACAUGGUCACGAAUCCAGAGGUUCCCAUAGCGACCAGGAAGAGGCCAAGGGGGCUGAGUUCUACACGGUGGAUCUGAAACGUAGUCCGACAGGGUUCGGCUUCAGUGUGCGUGGAGGCCGGGAGUACGAUAUGGACCUGUACAUCCUGGGAAUGAUCGUGGGAGGACCAGCAAUGAGGAGUGGGAAGAUCAAGAUUGGUGACCAGUUGGUGGAGAUCAAUGGCGAGCCCACAAUUGGAAUGAGCCAUGCCCAGGCUGUGGAGCUGAUCCGACAUGGUCAGGACAGGAUCCACCUCCGGAUGCGCUCUGGGAAUGGCCAGGUUCCCGAAUUUGGUCCUGACAUGGAGGCCGAGACUGACCUUGGAGACGCUGCUGUGGUUCUCGACCGACAGGCGCACCCCCUCCCAGGCCCGAGGGGCGAAAGAGGGCUCCGUUCUGCGCGGGGCCAGGCCAGGCGGGAGUCAGUGGCCCCCUCCAGCCCCGAACACCCGAGGACAAGACAGCGGAGACUGUGCAGAGGCCUCUCCAAAGCUACAGAUGCCUGGCCUGUGGCUGGGGGUACCCGUGGACAUCGAAGGAACCAUCGCAGGAGACAGCGGGCUGACGAUGCUGGGCCUGAAACCAAUCUCAAGCCUCAGUCCCAGGCUCCCUCCACACAGCAGUCAGGCCUCAGGCCUAGGGCCCAUGAUAUCCCGGAUCCUUGCCAACCCCAGGCUGUCCCGGACCGCACCGCGCCCCGAGGUUUCGGUGUAUCAAAGGCCCAAACCUCCUCUGUCUACUCUCGGCCCCAGGCUCUCCUUGACCCUAGGCCCCAGGCUCUCCGCGACUCCAGGCCCGAUACUCAGGUGGAGUCCAGGGUCCAGACCCUCCCCAGCCACUCUAGGCCUCAGGCUCUCCUCGACUCCAGACCUGACACUCAGGUGAAGUCCAGGGUCCAGACCCUCCCCAGCCACUCUAGGCCUCAGGCUCUCCUCGACUCCAGACCUGACACUCAGGUGAAGUCCAGGGUCCAGACCCUCCCCAGCCACUCCAGGCCUCAGGCUGCCGUUGACUCCAGGCCUCAGGCUGCCGUUGACUCCAGGCCUCAGGCUGCCGUUGACUCCAGGCCUCAGGCUGCCGUUGACUCCAGGCCUCAGGCUGCCGUUGACUCCAGGCCUCAGGCUGCCGUUGACUCCAGGCCUCAGGCUGCCGUUGACUCCAGGCCUCAGGCUGCCCUUGACUCCAGGCCUCAGGCUGCCCUUGACUCCAGGCCUCAGGCUGCCCUUGACUCAAGGCCCAACGCUCAGGUUGAGUUCAGGGCGAGGCCUCCUCCCAGCCACGCUGGGCCCCAGGCUAUUCCGAACGACAGGCCCCUCUCCGAGGAGAGCACAGAAACAGAUUCGGAUGGCUGGGAGACGGAUUGGGAGGGUGCGUCCCGGUCGUCUGCAGAGGCCCCGGCGUUUGGCAGCUUCGAUGAGCAGAGGCAGUUCAGCUCCAUGAUUGGGAAGGGUCUCGAUCUCACCCGAGUGCCCCCGGUCUCCAGUAGCACGGGGAAGGAUACCGGCGCCCACUGUGGCAGCCGGAUGGCCAGCACAGACAGGCAGCCGGGCAAAGUGCGGGGGGUACUCUCUCCAGGCCCCUGGCUUCUGCCAAAGGGUGAGAAACACCUGGGCAUAUUAUGGAGGUAGCGUCCAAAGGGACAGGUGAGGGUGGUCAGGGGAGAGGAGAUGCCCCAAGUGGGGGAUCAGCCGCCCUCCUGCAAGGGUGUUAUAGAUCAGGGUGAGGCUG